AUGGAAGAAGCUCCUCUGGCAGAUGCGAGUGAAGGAGGCUGUGAAGAUCGAGUCGAAGGGACGAGCCAACUGGAAGCGGAAUCCGCGUUGGCUGAACCUCCUUCUGAGCUACGAGGUGGCAUCUCUGUGGGGUCACUUCGGGGCGAUGCGGCAGCGUCUGAGGAGCUCCGACUUCAUCCGCCAGGGCUAUGGGCUCGAGUCAACCCCCAAAGAGGAUUUGUCCAGAAACUCAAGCAAGCAAUGAAGGAUGCACGAGAGCGGCAUGUGGCUGUCACGGAGACCAGGGAACUACGCCCGAACUAUAUCGUCCUCGAGCUCUUUGCUGGAUGUGCGAGGCUCACUACGACAGCUGCAGACCGUGCAGGAUGGGAAACGAUGGCGCCGGUGGACAUCAUCUACGGCCAGGAUCUGCAUGAUGCGGAGACGCGGAAGGGAGUCCUUGAGGCAAUCAAGGAGGCAAAGCCUGACUUGGUUACGAUGAGUCCACGGUGCGGGCCAUGGUCACAGUUUCAGCGCAUCAACCCCAACAUUGACAAGGUGAUGGAGGACAGGAGGGAGGACAUCCCACUUUGGAGGUUCUGCCGCGAAGUGUGGGACGAGCAGACGAAGCAUGGUCGCCUGGCUUUGACCGAGAACCCAGCUCAAUCAGCGGCUCUGCUCAUGGACUUUAUGAUGGCGAGGCCAAACCUUCAUAGAGCCAAGGUGCCACAAUGUGCCUUUGGUCUAUGUGAUGUGGUUAGUGGGAAGCCGCAUCAGAAGUUCACGGCCUUCGAUGUGAAUGAUGAGGACAUGAAGGAGGCCUUGCUGGUAGGUGCAGUAUGUCAUCACACCCCCGAGGAGCACCAGGCGAUUGAGGGGAACGUCUUCUAUGAAGGACGAUGGCAACGAAGGUCAGCUCUGGCUGCAAAGUGGCCUCCUCGCCUUUGUGGACAACUUCGCAGAGAGCUGGAGAAAGCAGACUGGCGUGGUGGCCAGUAUGACUACGUCUUCUUUGAAGGGGUGGCGCGACAAGGUCCUCACAAGAUACGCCAAGCUUUGGCUCAUCUACAUGUGGUUUUGGGACACCCCUCUCGAGAACGCUUGGUGAGGAUGUUGCUGGUGAGUGGAGCGAGCCAGGCUGUGGUGGACAUGGUCAAGGGACUACGAUGUCAGAUCUGCCAAGCAGUGCGACCACCAGGAGCUGAACCCAAGGUGAAUGCACACCGUGCUACGAGGUUCGGUGAGAAACUGCUUGGGGACUCCUUCUAUGUGUGGGACAUCAAUGGGGAGAGGUUCAACGUGACGCACUUCAUUGACGCGCUCACGGAGUUCCACAUUGGGAAUGCCAGCAAGCAGGUCAGCGCUGAGUUCACGGCGGAGAUCUUGCAACAUCGGUGGUGCGGCAUCUCUGGGCCCCCAGAAGUUUUGCAGACGGAUGGCGGCAAAGAGUUUGUGGAGGUGGUGCAGAGAUUGCCCAGGCUCUUGGACUUUAGGCACGUAGGACAAGUUGAACGACACGGAGCAAUCAUCAAGCUUAUGAUGAUGCGGGUGAUUGCAUUGCACCAGAUUGCAGGUUUGGAGGAUAUGAAGUUGGUGGCAACCAGCUGCUUCAACGCCAAGAACAGGCUCUGCAAUCGAGCUGGACUCUCGCCUUUGCAGGCGGUGACGGGCAAGAACAACGUGGUCCCGCAGUCCAUCAUGGAUCAGCUCUGCAGUGGGCAAGUGCGCUGCACCAUCAAUGAUGAGUUGGAGGUGCGUGACGCUUUGGGACGAGCUGAGCGCAUCAGAUCAGCUGCAGUGGACAGUUUCAAUUGGGUGGAUUCUUCCGAAGUUAUCCGAAAGGCAUUGAAUUGCCGAUCACGUCCGCCAAAGCUGGACAACUUGCAGGAGGGCAUGACGGUCUAUGUCCAUGAGCCGCCACCAUCUCGACGAGGCCAACACCGUCGAUUACAAGAUCACUCGAGUUGGGACGGCCCUGGACUGGUGGUUUGCAUCGAGAAGCAGGAUGGUGCCCCUCGCCGAGUGUGGGUGAGGUUGCGUUCCAAGGUGCGUAGCUUUCCUCUGGAAAAGAUCCGGCUGGCAACCCCGGAUGAAAUGCUGGGAUCACAGUUUGUGAUCCAAGCGCUGGAUGAUGUGUUCAAAGACAUCAAAGAGGGUAAGUUGGUCUUGGAAGAGAACAAGCGUCGCUCGGUUUUACAACCUGCGACCCCUGCACCACCUGGAGCUCAACGACGAGGAGCCAACAUGGAUGCCGACUUCAUGCUGGAUGACAGAGAAGCAGAGCUUCGUGCGAGACAGGUGAGAAGGGUGGAGCUGAUGAGCGAUGUACCUCAUUCGGUGAGGCAAGCGAUUUCCACCAGCUCGAGCAGUGCCGCGACCAGCGUCGCCUUGGUGAGGGGACUCCAAGCAGAAGAACGUCAAGACCUCUUGGACGAGGAUGACGCGAUGCCCACUCUCACCGAUGGCGAUGAGGAGGUGGACUUGGCGAUGGAAGAGGCCGAGAGACAGGAGCCAAGCUCUAUGGCCUUUCAGCAGAAGAAGAAGAUGUUUGAAGAGAUCGGGCGCUCCAAACAAGGUAUGCCAUCGAAGCUCACGGAGGCACAGCUUCGAGCAGGCAUGGCUACGGCAAGCACUCAGGUGAAGAAGAUCCGAAAGUUGAUUCGGAAGUCCCGACAGGCAUCAAGCAAUGAUAUGAGAAAAAGGAGGACCGACAGGCAGACGGCUGCUAGUCUGGUCAUGUAUGCCGAGAAAACAGAUACGGCAUGCGAGAAGGUGUGGCAAGAUGCCUUACAAGAGAUGGAGCUGCAAGAGGCUUUUUGGACAUUGCCAGAGAUUGAGGAGAAAGCGGUGAAGGACAUGCAGGAUGACCUGGAGUGGCGAGACACUGCACAUGGCGCCGCGAUUGCCAGCAGCAAGAUCGUCACGGGAAAGGCUCGUUUGGAGCUGGCUUGGCAGAAGCUGGAUGAGAAGUGGCGCGCCGCCUUCAAGGAUCCGAUCUUGAAGGCGGUCAAGAUCUACUUUGAUCACGAUGCUUUGGAGGGUGUGCCCAAGGACAAGUACAUCGACCCGAAGCGCAUCCUCAACUCCCGCUUUGUCCUCACAAACAAGGGUGGGUACGACCUGUCGGAGGCGCAGUUGAAAGCCCGUCUCAUCUUGGGAGGUCACAAUGAUCCGGACAUGGGCAGGUAUGCCACUCUGGCACCAACGGCAGCACUUCUGGCGCACAAUCUGAUUAACUGGCUGAGUGUGCAGUUGGGUUGGACAGUACACUAUGAAGAUGUGUCUAGUGCCUUUUUGCAAGGCAAGCAUCUACCUCGAGAACGCGAGGUCUACAUGAAGAUUCCCCAGGGCUACCCGGAGUAUGUGCAGGAGUUCAUCCGACUUCAACUUGGAGACGGAUACCGAGCUGAUUUGGUGCGCAUGACCAAGGGAGGAUUUGGCCUUCCAGAGAGCCCUCGACUGUGGUAUUUGGAGUACGCCGACACCCUCAAGAUCUGCGGCAUGCGAGAACUGAAUUUGCUGCCUGGGGUCUUCGUGGCGUACCAUGAUGAUGGAUCCCUCAGGGCUUUGGCUUGCAUACAUGUUGAUGACACCAGGUAUGCUGGUGAUGAAUCGUCAGAGAAGAUUUGGGAGGAGGUUCACAAGCGCCUCAACUUUGGAAAGCUGCGCAAAGCCACUGAUGGCUGGACAAAGUUUUGUGGGUGUUGGGAACGACAAGAUCCCCAGACCCUGGAGUUCAUCUACCAGAUGGACGAGUAUGCCAAGCUCUUUCAGAAGGUGACCAUCCGGCGUACCGCCGACAACCUCAUGACCAAGGAGGAGAAAGUGGAGCUGUCAUCCCUGAUUGGCCAGCUCAACUGGAUGAGCCGCCAGGGAAGGUAUGACCUUUCUUUUGGGGUCUCACAUGUGCAGCAGUUGGCUGCGGGUGAUGGGAAGGAAGCUUUGGAAUGGCCCAACAAGGUGGUGUAUCGAGCCAAGCAGUCCCAACAUCAGGUGGUCAAGAAGUUCGACGACUGGCAGAACUUCGUGGUGAUUUCCGCGAGUGACGCGGCAUAUGGAGCUCAGCCAGGUGGACGAAGCCAAGGUGGAGUCGUGGUGGGUCUGGCUGAAGCGAAGAUCUUGGAAGGUGAGGCCAAGAUCUGCAUAGUGGAAGCGGCCAGCAUGAAGAUCCAGCGCGUGGUUCGAUGCAGCAUGAGCGCUGAGGUUAGCAUGGCCGCUACAGCUUUUGAGCACGGAGAUUUCGUGAGGGCAGCUUUGUCAGAGAUGAUCAACCGAGACUUCCAGCUCAAGCAAUGGAAGUUGUGGGCGAGCAUGCGCCCACACUAUCUGGUGAUCGAUGCGAAGACAGGCUUCGACGUCCUCACGAAUGAGACUCAGACCACGGACCGCAAGAUCCAAAUUGAUUUGGCCGUCCUCAAACAGGCCUUGACAGAGAACACCUCCGAGACCUUCGUCAAAUGGGUGCCGGGGCAUCACAUGAUCGCGGAUGCGAUGACCAAGUGGUUCAACAAUGGAGCCCUGGUGAAAGCUCUCACUGAAGGAGUGUGGUCACUGAGAGAUACGGAAGAGGCGUCCAAUUUACGCAAAGAGGCCGCGCGAAAACGCCAGCAAUACAAAGAUGCUCGCAGGGACCGAGGGGGGGAUGUGUGAAUACAGUGCACAGUAUGACCCUUCAACUCAGUUGUCCCUGGAGCGUAAUUCGCAUGGACCCGAAGCCAUUUUGGCUGCUGGCACAGGACCCACGU